CGAAUCGGUAUCAAGAAGUGUUGAUGUGCUUCUUGUCUAUUUUAAUUCUUGUAAAAGCUGAAGAACUGAACAGUGAUGUUUCCGGGAAUUUAAAAGGAGUGCUAUCGUGUUUAAGGAGAGAAUAUACUCUAAAAGCGACUAGAACAGAUAGAGAUGGACGACAAUGUUGGGAUAUUAUUCGAGCCAUCUCCUGUUGGGGGCGCUGUGAUUCGUUCGAGAUACCAGACUGGAGAUUUCCUUACAAGAUAUCCGUGCAUCCCGUGUGCAUGCAUGAAAGAAGGAAGCUAAGGAGGGUAGAAUUACGCAACUGUGAUCCCGGUGCUGACGAAGAAUUACGAUUUUACGAAUACUACGAUGCUGAAUCUUGCUCAUGUGGGGUAUGCAACUCGUCUGACACCUUCUGCGAUUGGAAAGGCCGAAUCUCAGUUCACCACCAUCCGAAACAUCACGAACAUCACACGAAGAACCCCGAACACUCGAAGCAUCACGAGCACCCACGAAAUCAUCAACACCCGAAACAUCACGAAACACUCGAGCUCAUAGAUGGUCCAGAGGAAUCUUUUUAUUUGAAGUAAACGUUGAGGAUUAGUAAUUGAUUCAAGACAAAGGAUUGCCGAAAUAACGGAAUGCAGGAAAUUUUUUAAGGAUGAAUUUUCUUCCAGGAUUUAUCCCUUGUGAUUCACCAUGAUUAUAAUAUCUUAUUAUUAAGAUAGUUCGGUAAUUCAAUUGAUGUUCAUCAUGUGAUUCAUAUUCUAGUCAUUUUAUUAUACGUUUUGAUCGGCAUAAAGUUAACUCUUUGGCGCAGAUGAGACACCGGUGUCCCUUUU